UGGGCCGAAGUGCCAGCCAAAGUGCCUUGUCUUCGUUUGUAUCUGUAUCUCUAAGAUGCAUUCGCUGUCACAAGUGUCCGCUGUCCGUACAAGGUGGCACAACAGUUGGCACACAGAUACUUGCCACGAUAAUGGCUCACUUCACUUUGCUUUUAUCUUUCUGCUUUUUGAUCAGCUGUCCAUUUCGUGCAUCUUCAGGAAUUUCGCUAUGAUUAUCCUAUAAAAAUAAAGUUUAGUACAAGAUUCGCCAGCGCAUGUCCUCAUUGCUGAACUUUCCCGCUACCCCAAAGCCAAUGGGACGCAUUCCAGUCACCCGCGACUAUGAGAUUGGAACGGUGCACUUCCAGAAUGGAAGAAUUCCAACGAAUUCGUCAGAGGUCCAUUUGAAUCGCGGGGGACAGAAUGUGCCACUGUUGUGGGCUAGUUAAAGCGCGAAAAUGGAUUUUUUUUUUAAAUUGGAAUAUUUUUAUACGGGUUGUCUAGAGAAUAAUCUAAGGAUGCCAUGAAUUUUAACUUGCACUAGCAUUCGCAUGACGACGACAGUUUGGCAAGAGGGAUUCCAGAAGCAAACUUCUAUCCGAACAAAGCAGAUCAAAGCUUGUGCAUAAAACGAAAAAAGUUUCAGUUCGACGUGCCACCUAAUAUAUACAUAUAUAUAUCAGGAUCAGGAUGCGAAAGAUGCAAGUUCUAGUGCAGACGAUCGAUGGCAAGAUGAACGUCUACGAGGUGGAUCGCUUCGGAACGGUGGCCAACCUGAAGGCACGGAUCGGGCGAGCCAUGUCCGUGCCCAUGGGCUUCAGUCGGCUGUCCUACAAGGGUCGCUUGCUGUCCAAUGAGAUCAUACUGGAGGAAGUGGGCCAUAUGUCCAUCCUGGAUCUCACCUGGAAGCCGGUCGUCCUGACGCCCAAGCAACUGUGCGAAAAGAGGAGCGGCAAGUUCAGCAAGAUUGGCUAUGGCAGGAAAGACGAUGGUGAUGGUAUGCUUACAUUGAUCGGCGGUUACCAGCAACGCACGGAUCAGGCAGGUGGCGAUGAUGAACUGAAGGCCGAGGACUUGACUGGAUUCGAUUUGUUGCCCCAUGAUUUUCUGGACAACGGCCAGACGGAGCUGAAGCCGAUUGCUCUAUUGGAUCUCAUGGAUUCUCUGGAUCUCAAUAAGGCCACAAAGAACGACAAUGAGAAGUAGACUGCAAUAAUUAAUCUUCAAUUCAAAUGGUUUUGACAACAUUUCAUUUCGAAAUUCCUUCAAGCCAAACGAUUAUCAAGAUACAAGUAUAAAUAAUAAACUUUC